AUGGAUCCCCAGAAUCCAUCCUCGGGGCAGCAGAAUCGGCCGCAGCCGGUCUACGACACCAGCCACGGUGGCCACUACGGCGCAAGCGCUGCGUUGUCCGCGCAAGGGUAUGCGCCAGCAGAGCUGUAUACAGGACCAUGGGCAAACGUCCACCAGGGCCUUAAUGGCCAGUAUAAGGACAUCCUGACUACGUACUGGCAGCAGACCAUCAACCACCUGGAGAGCGACACUCACGACUACAAGCUGCAUCAGCUUCCCUUGGCCAGAAUAAAGAAGGUCAUGAAGGCGGACCCUGACGUCAAGAUGAUCUCAGCCGAAGCACCAAUCCUGUUCGCAAAGGGGUGUGACAUUUUCAUUACUGAGCUAACUAUGCGCGCUUGGAUCCAUGCCGAGGAGAACAAGCGACGAACUCUCCAGCGGUCUGAUAUUGCCUCGGCUCUGGCCAAGUCGGACAUGUUCGACUUCCUCAUCGACAUUGUUCCUCGUGAGGAGGCAUCCUCUCACUCCAAGAGAACCACUGGCCAGGCUCAAGGCGUGCCUGCCCCCGCCCCUGGCCAGGCUCCGAUGCCAGGCCAACACGUCCAGGCCCCGAAUCACGCGGGCCAACACCCUAUGGCGGCCACAGACUACUCUAUGGGCGGCCACGCUCUCGCUCCGGAGACGGAUUACCGUCAAACCCAGAAUAUGUACCCUGGCCAGGUCCAGCCCGGUCCCUCCGCCCCUUAUGGGCAGGCGCAGGCUCCGAUGUAUGGCGACAUGCAGGACAUGUACGGCUACGGCACCAUGCAGCCGCAACAAAAUGGCGGGCAUGACAUGAAGUUCAGCCCGACCCCUUAA